UCAAUAACAUAUUAAAUUAUUUACUAUAAUAAAAUUAAAGUUACUAUCUCAUACUCAUCAUAAAUAUGUUGCCCGAGGAAUCUUUUUUUAUUUAAAACUGCCAAAUAUCGUGUCGUAAUAAUUGCGUGUUUAUUUUAUUUGUUCUUAAUUACUAUUUACUUUCAUCUUUUGUAGAAUGAGAUGGCUACUUUAUUAGAAAAUUCCAAAGGAAUGACUGAUUCAGAAGCUCACUUAUUAUCAUUUAGCCUUGAUAAUUUAGAAAUUGAUCCUACCAGACCUUAUAGAUACCCAGGAAAUUCUUUUGAGAAAGAUAAAGACAAUGAUAAUAAAGAAUCAAAUCAAUCAGAAUGUGUCAUCUGUCGUUGUAUGGAGAGAAAAUCAUUGAAUUGUGUUUUUCCUCGGGUAAAAAAUUCUGAACAGCCUUUAAAAGAAUGUAUUCUUAGACCACCAAAAUUAAAUAGAGCUGAUAAAUGCAAGCAACAAUAUGCUGCAGCAUCACCUGUUCCUAUUAUGAGAAAACAUCGUCGUAAGCAUUCAAAUCGUAAACGGUUAACAGAUCAUGAAUUUUUAUCUGAUUUUUCUUUAAACAAUAACAACAAUGAGUGUACCAAUGUAAUACCUUGUAGUGAUGAUGUUACUAUUGAUGAGCUAGCAAGUUAUUUUGAAGAUUUAGUUCACAUUCCUAAAAAAAUGUCUGAUAUGGCUGAGCUAAUGUACAAUUAAAAUGUAUUUAUAUUGUAUAUAAAAUAAAUAUUUUAUCUUAUUAGUUCUGUUAACUUGUUUUAUCAACUUUUUAAACUUGAUAAAUUAACAAUUCUUAAAAAAAAAUUGUAUUUUGUUAAUUAAAAGUAAAUUGUUAUAUUAUAGAAUUAUAUUUUUUCUUAUAUCUAUGUCUACAGAGUUUUUGAUACUUUUAAAGACUAUUGUUAUUAGCUUAAAUUAUUUAAAACGGUAGUAUUAUUAGACUAUUAAUAUCAUGGUGAUGAAUUGUGUGUGUGUGUGUGUAAUUAAAUUAAUAAUAUAAUAGAAAUAUUAAUUUAAUUUAAAACUUUCAGUUUAAUAAAUUCACUUAUUUAGUACUAUAAAUUUGUGUUAUACAUACUUGUUAAAAGAAAUAAUCGUUAGAUGUUUAAUUUUAUUCAAUUUCAAAAGAUUAAUAAUAAUGAAAUUAGUACAUAAAUAACAACUUACUCAUAUUAUAAUUAGUAAUCUACAUGUUAACUAUAAGAAAUACUUGUUUUAUUAUGUAUUUCAUUAUACUUACUGAUGCACAAAUAUAUGUAUUUAAUAUUUUUA